AUGUGUGUAUCAUUAUCGUUCGCCGCACGAAAGUUGAACUAUUUCUGGAUAGUUGAGAAGAAAAACUUGGAAGACAAGCGGGCAGAGCUACGCAACAAGGAGAGGGAGCUGCAGGACAUCGAGGAGAAGCAUCAGGUAGAAAUCAAAAUCUACAAGCAGCGCGUAAAGCAUCUCCUGUACGAGCAGCAGGAUGACGUCACCGCCAAGAAGAUGUCGGCGGAGGUGUCUCUGAAGCUUGCCCAGGACGCACACCGAGAAGAAGAGAGGGAAUUGAAAGUGGACAGGAGGGGGCUCAGGCUCGGGGCAAAGGAAAUGGGACUGAGUCACGAGGCGUACCUGAUGACGCUGAAGCAGCAGCAAGACCGGAACAUCACGAUGCUCAAGACGGAAUUCGAGAGGAAGGCCGGGGAAGUGCACAAGAUAUUUGAGAAGGCCAUGAAAACGGUCCGGGAACGGCUUGACGCAGCGAGAAAAGCGGAGACGGCGAAGAUCGAGGAGCGAAAAAACUCCCACAUCGAGCGGCUCAUGAAGGCGCAUGAGAAGGCCUUCGCUGAGAUCAAGAACUACUACAACGACAUCACGCACAACAACCUCGACCUCAUCCGUUCCCUCAAGGAGGAGGUCGCCGACAUGAGAAAGCGGGAACAGCAGGACGAGAAGCUCAUGUACGAGAUCGCCCAGGAAAACAAGAAGAUGUCGGAGCCGCUCAGGAAGGCCCGACAGGACGUGGAGAGGCUUCGGCAAGAGCUAGAACGGUAUCGACAGGAGCAGGAACAGCUGAGACAGACUAAGGCCAGGGUGCUCGUUAUGGAGGAGCGACUCCGGGACCUUCACUGGGAAGACGAGGUGCUGGGCCAGCGGUUCGCGAUAGUCAGUCGAGAGCGGGACCAGCUGAGGGACCGUUUCCAGGACUCUGUCAAGCAGGCUCAGCAAAAGUCGGGCUUCCGGAAUCUCAUCCUCGAGAGGAAGCUCGGGGGGCUUGCAGAGGAGGCUGAGAAAAGAGACGCGUGCGUUAACGAGGUCGGUGGGGAGUGA